AUGCUUAAAACCAGAAUUGAGGAGUUAGAGAAAAAUAGAAUAGAUACUACUGCUGAAAACGCUGAACUUAAAGCUAGAGUUGCGAAAUUGGAACAGAAUUUUAAACAUCAGCUAGAAGACGGUAAUAAUUCUUCUGAGAACAUUGUUAAUGAUUUAUCUCCAGUUAACCAUAAUAUUUCUUCGGAUAUAUUAUACAAUACUGAAACCAUUAAUGCCCAGGAUUCACGUAAACGGAAAAAGGGUGAAGCUUUAAUACAGGAAAUAUCACUCAAAAAAGAUCAUAUAAAUGAAAAUUUAUCUUCAGAUCAAAAAAGCGCAUGUAUCACAGAUGCAAAAGCGUCCUCACUUCGUGAGAUUUCGGAUAAUAAAAACAUCAUUAAUUUAUAUCAAAAUGCAUGCAAUGCUGAAGAAAGCGCAAUGAAAGCCAAUCAGGAAGAAAUAUUAUGUUGGUGUUUGUAUGCUAAAGAAUUCAAAGAUUUGGUUAGAUAUUUUAUGACCAAAUAUAACAUUGGAACAGAUAAGAUUCAAUAUAUUAAAACUUAUAGUGCGAAUUCUAUCUCAAGAUUUACUAAUGAAGAACUUCAAAAGGUUAUUGACUAUUUCUCUAGCAAUCAUGACAAUUCUUCCACAGAAAUUUCAACGACCUCGGGUCUUUCAAAUCAUGUGACUGAAAUUCCUGAAUCUAGUUCGGAAAGUAUACCUACUGAAUCUCAAGUUUCCGAUUCAUCAAGCUCUGAACCAUCUCAAGAAAAUGAUCAAGAUGA